AUGGCGAAAGAACCCAACAAAGAUCGACCAAUGCAGGCUGAUUAUCUGCGACAAGUAAAGGAUCUUGCUAUGGGCGAGCAUCCAUUGUCUAGAUAUGUACCUCCUCUAUUGUUGCUGGCAGAUGCAUUAUUGACCAGUGCCGUAAUCUUCAAAGUCUCUUAUACCGAGAUUGAUUGGAAAGCUUACAUGGAGCAAGUUGAGCAGUAUAUUGCUGGCGAAAGAGACUAUACCAAAAUCAAAGGAGGAACUGGACCACUUGUUUAUCCAGCGGCACAUGUGAUCAUUUAUUGGCUAUUAUACCAUAUUACAGACAAAGGGACGAAUAUUCUGCUGGCGCAGAGACUCUUUGGAGUCUUGUAUUUGGGUACAAUUUCGAUUGUCAUGGCAUGCUAUAAGAGAGCUCAUGCACCCCAUUACAUUCUUCCUAUGCUCAUAUUGUCCAAACGAUUACACAGCAUAUUCGUCCUUCGACUGUUUAACGACUGCUUCGCAGUUUUCUUCCUAUGGGUAGCUAUCUACAUCUUUCAACGCCGAAUAUGGACACUUGGAAGUAUGGCAUAUAGCUGGGGAUUGGGAAUUAAGAUGUCGCUGUUACUCGCACUUCCAGCAAUUGGUAUUGUGCUGUUUCUGGCAAGAGGUGUUCAGGCCAGUAUCAAACAAGCCUGGCUUAUGCUGCAAUUGCAGAUAGUUAUCGCUUUUCCUUUCUUGCCAACCAAUGGCUUGGGAUAUCUAAGCAGGGCUUUUGAGUUCUCGAGACAAUUUCUAUUCAAAUGGACAGUCAAUUGGCGCUUCGUCGGCGAAGAGACAUUCUUGAGCAGAGAAUUCUCGCUCACACUGCUGGUAGGGCAUGUCAGCGCCUUGGCUUUAUUCGCGACGACAAGAUGGCUGAGGCCAUCUGAAAAGCAUCUCACAGAAUUGAUUGGGAACGCGAUGAAGUUCCAAGAACCUUGUGGGAGGAUGCAGCAUGCUAUAUCCAGUCGAGUCUCUCCCAACUACAUAUUGACAACCAUCCUUACAUCCAACGCGAUUGGUAUGCUCUUCGCCCGCUCUCUUCACUACCAAUUUUACGCAUACAUUGCACUCGCCACCCCAUUUCUCCUCUGGCGGAGCGGUAUGCACCCGGUCCUGCAGUAUGCCAUCUGGGGUGUGCAGGAGUGGGCCUGGAAUGUGUAUCCAAGCACAGAUUUGAGUUCUAUGGUUGUUGUUGGCGUCCUUUUUGUGACGGUUGCGAGUGUGUGGUGGGGUACUCGGAAAGACUUUGUGAAUCCGAAGGGCGAGGAGCAGCAAGUAAGAAGCUGA